AGUUUAGGAGUGAUCUGUUAAAAAUGUGUACUUGGUCAGUUUACACUCUGGUUUACAUGCAUUAAGAUGGCAGUGUGUGUUUUCUCUUUUAUACUCAUUGUACUGCGUGUGCGAGUGUAUGCACAAUAUACGAACACAGAAUCCUGUGUGAAGCCUGUUUUCACACCGGAGACUCUGAUGGUGCAGUUUGGAGAUCCUGCUGAAGUAAACUGCUCCAUACCAAACAAACCUGAUGGAGAAUUCAUACUGGGAUGGGAAUCUAAAUCAUCACGACCAAGUACAAACACUGAGACGAGUGUGAUGUGGAAGGUGGACAAGCUGGUGGAAUGGGAGGAGGCUGGAGGAGUUCGAUGUUUCUUCAGUGGAAAAGAUUCUCAGUGUGACACUAAUUUAAAUCUCACCAUUUACAAGGAGCCAGACAGUGUUAAUCUAAGCUCUGUAUCUGAUGUGUGGGUUGAAGGAGAUCAGACAGAGCUGAGGUGUGAGGUUAAAAAUGUUGGUCCUGGAUGUAACCUCAGUGUACGCUGGAGCAGAGCAGAUCCCAAACAAAACACUUUCACACAGUUCAAUGAAACGUUCUUCCCAGAGUUGAAACAACAGAUGAAGAAUGUGAGCAGAACCGCAGUCUUACACGUGACCCCCAGCCGUGAAGAUGAUGGAGUGCAGUAUCAGUGUACAGCUGUGCUGCAUCUCCACCAAACACUCGUGUUCCCAUCACAAGCGAUCACCAUCAGUGUACACUAUGAACAACUGCUCCAUGUCUAUAUCUGGGGACUGAUUGGUAUAGCAGGAGUGGUAGCGGUGGUCAUCUGUGAGUGCUGGAUUUAUUUCCAUUACACACACAUAGGCCGUGCUGCAUCCUGAAGAAUCUGAGGUUCUGCUGGAACCACGGCUAAGCAGACCAUAGUGCUGAAGAUCAUGAGCCUCCUGGGUAGUAAACCCUAAAAACAAAAUAAAUGCAGACUAUAACUUCUACAGAAUAGAACAUUUUAUACAAGUCAUUGUUUUUGCCACAUUCUGAACUAACUGAAGCUUGUUUAUUAAUGAUGCAGGACAUCCACCUAGUAAUGAAUUA